AUGAGCGUGGUGGUGGAGUGGUGGUGGAGUGGUGGUGGAGUGGUGGUGGAGUGGUGGUGGAGUGGUGGUGGAGUGGUGGUGGAGUGGUGGUGGAGUGGUGGUGGAGUGGUGGUGGAGUGGUGGUGGAGUGGUGGUGGAGUGGUGGUGGAGUGGUGGUGGAGUGGUGGUGGAGUGGUGGUGGAGUGGUGGUGGAGUGGUGGUGGAGUGGUGGUGGAGUGGUGGUGGAGUGGUGGUGGAGUGGUGGUGGAGUGGUGGUGGAGUGGUGGUGGAGUGGUGGUGGAGUGGUGGUGGAGUGGUGGUGGAGUGGUGGUGGAGUGGUGGUGGAGUGGUGGUGGAGUGGUGGUGGAGUGGUGGUGGAGUGGUGGUGGAGUGGUGGUGGAGUGGUGGUGGAGUGGUGGUGGAGUGGUGGUGGAGUGGUGGUGGAGUGGUGGUGGAGUGGUGGUGGAGUGGUGGUGGAGUGGUGGUGGAGUGGUGGUGGAGUGGUGGUGGAGUGGUGGUGGAGUGGUGGUGGAGUGGUGGUGGAGUGGUGGUGGAGUGGUGGUGGAGUGGUGGUGGAGUGGUGGUGGAGUGGUGGUGGAGUGGUGGUGGAGUGGUGGUGGAGUGGUGGUGGAGUGGUGGUGGAGUGGUGGUGGAGUGGUGGUGGAGUGGUGGUGGAGUGGUGGUGGAGUGGUGGUGGAGUGGUGGUGGAGUGGUGGUGGAGUGGUGGUGGAGUGGUGGUGGAGUGGUGGUGGAGUGGUGGUGGGAGUGGUGGUGGGAGUGGUGGGAGUGUGA